GCGUGCGCCACUGCGGGGUUGAGCGAGACCUUGUUUACGCCUCGGCUCGCUUGCUGCCGCAAUGCCUGCCGCACUCCACGGCUCGGAAUGAAGCAGAAGGGAGAAAAGUGACAGCGUGAAGACGGCAGGAUGUCCUUCAAGAAGGACACGCCACUGGCCAACGCGGUGUUCUGGGCGGCCCACAAGGGGAACGUGGCGCUCCUCCAGCUGCUCCUCAACAGCGGACGGGUGCAUGCGGACUGCAGGGACAAAUGUGGAACAACGGCGCUGAUGGUGGCGUCCUACGGCGGCCACGGAGAGUGCGCCAGAGAGCUCAUCACGCAGGGAGCCGACAUCAACUACCAGAGAGAGACCGGUUCUACCGCUCUGUUCUUGGCUUCCCAGCAAGGCCACAAUGACAUCGUCAAGCUCCUCUUUGAAUUCGGUGCCUCCACGGAAUUCCACACCAAAGAAGGGGGCACCGCGCUGACCGCGGCGUGCCAGCAAGGGCACGCCAACGUGGUGGAGACGCUGCUCAAGAACGGCGCCAACCUCCACGACCGGCUCAACGACGGGGCCACGCCCGUUUUCCUGGCAGCCCAGGGCGGUCAUGUGACCGUCAUCCGCCAGCUGCUGGCAUCCGGCGCCAAGGUGAACCAGGCGAGAGAGGAUGGUACCGCCCCCCUGUGGAUGGCGGCACAAAUGGGGCACAGCGACGCGGUCCGAGUGCUCCUCUUGCGUGGUGCAGAUCGGGAUGCCUACAGAGAAGACGGCUCCACGGCGUUGUUUAAAGCGGCUAUGAAGGGACACAGCAGCGUCGUCGAGGAGCUCCUCAAGUUUUCUCCUUCACUCGGCCUCCUCAAGAACGGCUCAACGGCCCUCCACGCUGCCGUCGUGGGCGGGAGCAUCCAGAGCGUCCAGCUGCUCCUCGGCGCCAACGCUGACCCCGCCCUCGCCGACCAGAACAACGAGCUCCCGGCCGACCUCGCCAAAAGCCAACGCAUCCUGAGGGUUCUGCGUCCUAAAGUCUUGAACGUGACGGCAGAUGACAAUCGCUGUUCCUGCCUUCGCGUCUGCCUGCACUAAAAUCAAAACUUGAUCACAAUAUGUACUCGUACACUGUUUGACUCUAUUAAAUGGCACAAAUAGCACGCAGCCAAAAAUGUGCAACGUCGCCACCGUUGCUUCUCAUAACAGUUCCAUAUUUUCCACACUCUUGAUUUGCCCCUUUGACACGGUACGUUGAUUAAAGUGUCAUUUUCAUGGUUAUGCGACCUGUGGCGCAUUUUAUUGGAUGGAAAUAGCUAAACUGAUUACAUGAAUAAAUUGCAUUGUGGUUGUCAGUUAGCUUUAGCAGUAACGCUACACACGUGCCAUAUGUGUACAGUGAAAUAUUGCAUGUCAAAAACAAUCAAUUGCCGUUGUAAAAGCAUCAUUUAAAAAAAUUAUACGCAUUAAUAUACGUUGUGGUCCAUAUUUGUUCAGUUGUUUAUGAAAAUGUACUUAUUCCUUUUUUUCAAAUUCAUUUAUCUCUUUAUCCAUUCAUUUUCUGAGCCGC